AUGAAACAUUUCCAAUAUGAUACCCAGGACAGCCUUCCGAACUAUAUCUCCCAGCAGUACCAGGGUCAGGACUCUGGAGCACCCAGUCCCGAGUCUUGCACUUUCCAGCCUGCAGCACAGAGGUUUCGGUUGAAUGAGCAAAGAAUCAAACUCCUCACCUCCAUAAACCAAGUGGUCCAGCAGCGAGCAGAGCUCGAGUCCAACCGAAUCACUCUCUCCGGGCUCCUGGAUGAGUUGAGGAAGAAACUCAAGAGGAGGAUAGAGGAGUGCCAGUUUGAGAAGAGGGAGAAGAUGAAGGCUCUGAAACAAGCCAACGUCCGCCUGGAGAAAGAGAAGUACACCCUGAUGUCAGACAUCGAGCACAUGAAGCGACAUCUACAGAGGGAAGAGGCGCACCAUGUCAAACAUGUACGGACUUGUGUAGCUCAGGCUAUCCAGGGGAUAGUGAGAGAUAUCCCCACUAAUCUCCUCUUCACACCGUGUUCAGUGGCAGAACUGCCAAAUGCUGUCAGUCGCAGUGUGGCUAGAAAUGCGCCUUCUAGAGUUGCGGACAACAAGCUGGCUGCCGCGCGACUGAUGCGCGACAUCGCCGAGCUGAGGCAACGGGUGGCUCAGGUGGAGGCCCGCCUUGCCAACGAGCUAAAGCGUAAACGGCAGGCUGAGCUCGACAUUGUGCGACUGAGGAAGGAGCUGUCAGCCACGAAGAGCUGCGUGGCCUCGCUGCGGCUGCCUGGGAGGCCGCUGGUCAAACAUUGCGCCAAGUUCGCUUAG